AUGAGCAACAACGUCGAGGACAAUGACAACAUGGAAAUGAUGACACACCUUGAAGGGCCUGUGGUUGAGAGCAUCUACGACACUGCAUUGAUCACUUGGAACAAUCCACUGGUCGCAAAGCCACCCUCACCCAACAGCCCAGUGGCUGAGGGCGGUUCGUCAGCAUCCAUACAAGACCUCCGGCGUCUCGAGAUACUCGAUCACGAACAGAGGCAUAAUGGGAGCCAGAUCGUGUCAGAAGAUGGAACCUGCCCUGAACUACCAGAACAUACUCCUGAGAGUCCCCAUUACGAUUAUGAUAUUGCUGGAGAGAUUACAAGAAUGCAGUCAUGCUACUCCAACAAAUCAGACGAGACCCGGCUACAAGCGGCAAACCGACAGCUCAACCUUGCGGUUAAGAAUCCUAUUCAACCAACAGGCCCCGAUAUUCAGGAUGGGGACGAAAUGACACCAUACAUCAAGACAUUCACUACGAAGCCUGUCCCAAUAGCCCUUGUGUGUCGACCUCCCUAUGGCCCUAUAAACUCGAAGAGUUUGCAUGUGCCUCAGAACGAGGCUUGGCUUUCUCUAAUUCGGAAUGCCAGGAGGGAGAUCUUCAUCCAGACGCCAGAUCUCAACGCUGGACCGAUGAUGACAGCUUUGGCUGAUGCUCUCAAGCGUGGCGUUGAGGUUACGUACUACGUUUGCUGGGGAUAUAAUGACACAGGAGAGAUGGUUCCUGGUCAAGGCGGAACUAACGAGCAAGCGGCGCGAGCUCUUAUCAAUGGUCUUCCACCGACCGGACCGGAACGUGACCUUUUACACAUUUACCACUAUGUCGGGAAGGAUCAAGACCAUGCAAUCCAUAACUCGUUUAAAUCCCGAUCUUGUCAUGUCAAAGUACUGAUCGCGGAUGGAGUAGUCGGCAUUCAAGGCAGUGGGAAUCAGGAUACACAAUCAUGGUUUCAUAGCCAGGAGGUUAACAUUAUGGUAGAUAGCUAUGCGAUCUGUCAGAAGUGGAGAAAGGCUAUUGACCGAAACCAGAAUACGGGGGUAUUUGGUCAGGUUAUUAUAUAG